AUGCCACCUGCGGCGGUAUGCGCCAUGGGCCCAGCCUCCCCCGCCAAGGCCGCCACCUCCAGCCAGCGAAGCGCGGGCACGGUGAGCGGCGGGCCCGCGGGCGGCGCUCCCGAGGUGGCGCAGCAGCCGUCGCCGCCCUCGCUCAAGCGCCAGCUGUCGCUGGCUGACGAGGACGCCGACAGCCAGACGAGCUCCCAGGGCUGCAGCAAGGCGGCGAGGGCGGCGGCGGCGACGCUGUUCCGGCCGCCGCCGCCGGCCGGCGGCGAGGCGCGGGAUGCGGGCGUGAAGCAGGAGGAGGAGGAUGCGGCGCAAGCGGAUGCAGGCAUGCCGGAUACGCAGCAGUCGCAAGCCAUGGAGCUCGAGGAGCAGCAGCCGCAGCAGCAGCCAGAGGCGGCAGCGCCGCAGUUACCGGCGGCGGCGCCCGCGGUGGGGGUGGCCUGA